AUGGGGAACAUUUAUUUGGCUCAUUUUGUGGUGUUGUUUUGGUUGGGGAUGCUUGUAUCUUGCUUGUGUCAAGAUGUUUCAGAUGAUGCUACUACGGCUGUGUAUAUCGUUGCUCUGAGACAAGCUCCUGUUUCUCAUUACUAUGGUGAGUUGAGAAGAGUACCCAAUGGCUUCAAACAUGAUGAUUCUGGGAGAACUCAAUUUCAAAAACCAAGAUAUGAUAACAUCACGAAGACGGACAAGAGAUAUGGCUCUUACAUUUCCCGAGUUCAUGAUUCUUUGUUGAAGAAAGUAUUAAAAGGAGAGAAAUAUCUGAAGCUCUAUAGCUACCAUUACCUGAUAAAUGGAUUUUCUGUGCUGGUUACCCAACAGCAGGCAGAGAAACUAUCAAGGAGAAGUGAAGUGUCCAAUGUGGUUUUGGAUUUUUCUGUAAGAACUGCAACUACCCAUACUCCACAAUUUUUGGGUCUGCCACAGGGAGCAUGGUUUCAAGAUGGUGGGUUUGAAACUGCUGGGCAAGGAAUUGUUAUUGGGUUUAUUGACACUGGCAUAGAUCCAGCACACCCUAGUUUUAGUGAUAAUAAAUCUGAACAUCCAUAUCCUGUUCCUGCUCAUUUUUCUGGUAUAUGUGAGGUUACUCGGGAUUUUCCGUCGGGUUCUUGCAAUAGGAAGCUUGUUGGCGCCCGUCAUUUUGCAGCAUCUGCUAUAACCAGAGGAAUAUUUAAUUCAACUCAGGACUAUGCUUCUCCCUUUGAUGGCGAUGGCCAUGGCACGCAUACCGCAUCUACUGCAGCAGGAAACCAUGGGAUUUCAGUGAUUGUUGCUGGGCAUCACUUUGGGAAUGCUAGUGGGAUGGCUCCUCGUUCACACAUCGCUGUUUACAAAGCAUUAUACAAGGGCUUUGGAGGAUUUGCUGCAGAUGUUGUUGCAGCUAUUGAUCAGGCAGCUCAGGAUGGGGUUGACAUAAUAAACUUGUCAAUUACUCCUAAUAGACGUCCUCUUGGGGUUGCAACUUUCAUCAACCCAAUCGACAUGGCAUUGCUGUCAGCUGUAAAGGCUGGUAUUUUUGUAGUGCAAGCUGCAGGAAAUACUGGACCAUCACCAAUGAGCACGUCCUCUUUCAGUCCAUGGAUCCUUACUGUUGGUGCCGCCUCUCAUGACCGGGUUUAUAGCAACUCCAUAUUUCUUGGAAAUAAUGUAACCUUACCUGGAGUUGGACUUGCACCUGGCACAUAUGAGAACAAACUUUAUAAACUGAUUCAUGCACACCAUGCUUUGAACAAUGACACAAUGGUUGCUGAUGAUAUGUAUGUUGGUGAGUGCCAAGAUGCAAGCAAGUUCAAUCAGGAUUUGAUCCAGGGGAACCUCUUAAUAUGCAGCUAUUCAAUCAGGUUUGUGUUGGGGCUCUCUACUGUCAAACUGGCCUCAGAAACAGCCAAGAACCUUAGUGCAGCUGGUGUUGUCUUCUAUAUGGAUCCUUUUGUGAUUGGUUUUCAGCUUAAUCCAGUUCCAAUGAAAGAGCCUGGCAUAAUAAUUGCAUCCACAAAUGAUUCCAAGAUUUUAAUGCAAUACUACAAUUCUUCAUUGGAAAUUGAUGCUGUUUCAAAGAAAAUUGUUAAAUUUGGGGCUGUUGCCAGUAUCUGUGGUGGAAUAAAAGCAAAUUAUGGUAAUGCUGCUCCGAAGGUUAUGUAUUACUCUGCCAGAGGUCCAGAUCCAGAGGACAGUCUUCCUCACGAAGCUGACAUUUUGAAACCUAACUUGAUAGCUCCUGGAAGUUCUAUAUGGGCUGCUUGGAGUUCUCUUGGCACCAGUUCGGUUGAAUUUCUAGGUGAGAAUUUUGCAAUGAUGUCUGGCACAAGCAUGGCUGCACCACAUAUUGCUGGCCUUGCUGCACUAAUUAGGCAAAAGUUCCCCAAUUUCAGUCCUGCAGCCAUUGGAUCUGCACUUUCUACUACUGCUUCUCUGUAUGACAGGAAUGGUGGGCCAAUAAUGGCUCAGCGAUCAUAUGCCUCUCCUGAUGAAAACCAAUCUCCAGCAACUACUUUUGACAUGGGAAGUGGUUUUGUGAAUGCAACUGCAGCAUUGAAUCCGGGUUUGAUUUUUGAUUCCAGUUAUGAGGAUUACAUGGCAUUUCUAUGUGGUAUCAAUGGUUCAGCUCCUGUGGUGCUAAACUACACUGGUCAAAGUUGUUGGCUUUAUAAUAAAACUGUAUAUGGUCCUGACCUCAACUUGCCCUCAAUCACCAUAUCAAAGCUAAACCAAUCUAGAGUAGUGCAGAGGACAAUCCAAAACAUAGCCGAAAAUGAAACAUACAGUGUUGGUUGGAGUGCUCCUUAUGGGGUUUCAGUGAAAGUAUCUCCAACUCACUUCUCUAUUGCCAAUGGUGAGAGGCAGCUCUUGUCUGUACUCUUGAAUGCAACCGUUAACAGCUCUGUUGCUAGCUUUGGGAGGAUUGGGCUGUUUGGUAAUCAAGGUCAUGUUGUCAACAUUCCUCUUUCAGUUAUGGUUAAAAUCUCCUAUAACUUAACUACCAGCUAA